GAGAGAGCGCGCGGAGCGACAAGCGGCAGAAGAAGAAUAGCGACCGCUGGCGUCAACAUGGCGGAGUCCGAGCGCUCGCUCUUCGACUACCGGCAGACAACAACCGCGGGCAGCAUCGGGGAAAGCGUCAGACCGGCAGCACCACUGCGGGGGCGUGGCUGUGGAAGAAAAAGGAAAGGGACACCCAUGAAAGUGUUUCUUACGCACAGUGAAGAGGAAAGUGUGUCUGAAUACAGUUUCAGCACAGGUGAUCGUAAGGAAGUGGCGGACUGCAAACGGCCCACAGUGGACGGGCCUUUCAUCAAGACAGAGCCUGCUUCCCACAACUGUGGCCCAUCAGAGCAGGCUGAGGGCAAAGUUUCUACUGGAUUCCAGACCAGCUCUCUCACAGCCUCUGCAUCAGCUCCACCUGUAUCUACAGCUCCAACUCCAACACCAAUUCCUGCCCCUGCUCCUGCCGCAGCGGUUUCAGCUCAGGCUCCUUCCCUGUCCACUGCAUGUACAGCUCCAUCUGCCCAAAUAGCUUCUGUUCCGGCCAGAACAGCCGAUUCCGUCCCUCCCUCCCCUAACUGUCGCAUCCGAGAGGUCCACUGUGGAACUCAAGUGCGACUGGUGGUCAUCGCUAUCCGAGACAUCAUCAAGGGCGAGGAGAUCACGGUGGACUACAGCCUGACAGAGUGGGGAGAAAACCUGGGUUUCCGGAGUCCUGCAUCUCCUGUGCAACAUGAGUCAAACUCUGAUACUGAGAAUAACAACAUUAAAAAGGAGGAGGAGCCUCUCUCUCUGACAGCCCACCAGCCACAGCAAGACAUUGUCACACCCUCUUGGUCCCUUUCUCCGUCAUCUUCACCCAUCUCUCACUCUGAAGCAAGUGACUCAGAUGCUGGAAAUGAAGACAACUCCAGCCCUCGUGGGCGUGCACUACGCCAGCGUAAGAAAUGGCACAACUGUCCUUCAAAGAAGAAGACCCCCCAACGAACACCACUAGCUCAACCACCGCCAGUAUCCCCUGCCAGCGUUUCUGAUCCCAACCACCCAUUGGACUCAUCCCACCCUCCAUCGCAGUCCUCCCCUCUCUGCUCCUCUUUUUUAUCUAAGCCUGGGUUUAAAACUCCAGAUUCAGUCAACCCCAACACCACAGGCAACAGUGACACAAAUGGCUCCAGAGGAAGAGUGCCCGUAGACUCUAUGCGCCAAACCUGCAACUGCUGUCAUCGCCAUUUCCGUUCCCUGGGCCGCCACUUAGACAAACACCACGCUCACCAACCUGAUGUUUGUUCGGCUCUCGUAGAAUACUACACACAGAUGCCUCGGCUGCAUGCACAGAACACAUACCCUGCCGUAGCACAUGUACCCACUCAGCAGCUUUCAGAUUCCUCACACACUACAGCAGCACAUAACCACAUUGUGGAAGCGAUGCAGACUGGUGUCCAGGAUCUGUCCAUGUCCCUGUCCGCUCUCUCAAAAGCCAACCAUUCCCCUGCCUCCUCUAGAAGGAACUCUGCACCACCUGUGUUGACUCCUCCACGAGGACAGAACGCAGUGCCAGUGUCUGUCUUAAAGAAAAGCCCACCUCCUGUGGGUGUGACUACAUCCAAGAAGGGAGGAGCGAGGAGACUAAAGAAAGACAGACCAGAGGAAAAUGAUGAAGUUUUGGAGGUAGCGGAGGUAAGGAAACCAAAAGACAAAGCGACUCAUGAGGCGGUGCACCCUCAGUCCUUCAGCAGUCAAUUAGCCAAAAAUAUAGAACUACCAAAGGAAAAAGAGGAGGAGGAAGAGGAAGAUGGCCUGUUGGAGGUAGAAGAUGAAAGUGGGACAGAAGAUAGGGAAAAAGAUUUGUUGAGUAGUUCGGGGUGCCACCACAUGCUGCCCCUUCUCUCAUCCUUGUCCUCUCUGGUGCUUUACCUUCGUCGACUGCAACACUCUGCCUUCUUGUCUCUAUCGCGGCAGUUGCAGUCUGCUGAAGCCUGGCGACUUCUCUGCCACUCCAGCCUGGCGCUCCUCAUCUUAUACAACCGACGACGUGAAUGCGAGGUCUCCAAGCUGUCCAUUACUGAAUACCGUGCUCGUAUUGCUCCUCAUUUCCCUGUUCCAGUCUCACCUGGGGCUCCACCUACAUUCACCCCAAUGGAGGCCUCUCUGUCACCAUUUGAACGCCUUGUGCUUCCCCACCUCCCUAGAGUUGGGGUCCAGGGUAAACGUGGGCGUGUCCAGCCCCUCAUCCUUCCCCCUCACUGUGAGCCCUGCCUGGAGCUCCUCCUGCAGGCACGGCAUGAUGUUGGUGUUGACCCUGCAAACCCUUAUGUCUUUGCCAGGCCCUACCAUUCUCCUGCCACACCACUGCGAGGUACUGACCUCCUCCGCAGUCUUGCCCGUUCCAGUGGUAUCCGCAAUCCUCGUGCCCUGACCCAGGCCAGGGUUCGCCGGCAGGUAGCUAUUCUCACUCAGCUACUCCUUCUGGGAGAAGGAGAGGAGCCUGUGCAGCCAGGAAGCAGUGCUGUGGAGAGGCUGGAACACUUCCUGGAGAGGGAGUACCAUGUGACGCAGGACUGUACUGGAAUUGGCCAAGACCCAGGUCUGAUGGGAAGAGUGGGCCGAGUGGUACUAUGUGGAGAAAGAGAUGGAGUUCUGUUCAGAGGAAUGAGCCUGAACCACAUCUGCUUGGAAUUGGAUGUUCUGUCAGGAAACUCUGCAGACUCAUAUUCAGAGGGAGAGUCUGAAGGGGAGCAAGUGAAGGAGAAGCCUGUAGCACCUGCCCCUGCUCCAAACCCUACUCCUACCCUGCUGUAUGUCCGCAAAGGCAAGAACAAUGGGCGCGUCGGACGACCUAAGAAACUCAGAAAUGUCCAGCUGUCCACUGAUCCUUGUCCUCCUUCUCAACCACUUCAUCUGCCGCCUCCUCACCACAGGAGAGGCUCAGGAAAGCGAGGUGUCCUGAAGCGUCCUUGGUCAGAGGCAGAACGUGCAGCGGUGGAAGAACACCUGACCCAGAACAUCACUGAGCUUCGUGUUCCCGCCAAGGCUGACUGCGAGCGCUGCCUACAGCAGUGCCCCCUGCUCGUCGACAACCACCGUGACUGGCGAGCCAUCAAGUUUUAUUGCCACAAUCGUAUUCAGCUCCUGAAGAAGAACCAGCGGCGUGAGAGUGAGCCUCAGCCCCUCACUGUCUGCUGAGCGGACCGGCGGGGCGGAGACAAAGAUCAGAGACUGGUGGAUGUCUGGUGGUCUGCAGUUGAUUAAACACGGGAGACAAAUCCAGUGUGUUCUCCUAUAAUGCUUUUUUUUACUUGAGAAGGCUGCUCAAUACGGAGCAUUUCGUAUGCUCACUAUUCCCUACAUACACAGAGGAGCCAAGCAAACUUUACAAACACUCAAAAAAAGUAUCUAGAUUCAUCAGAGUCAAUUAUUUUGAUUGACAUCAAAUUCACAGCUAAGUGUAGCAUUGCAUAUAGUAACAAUAUAUGUUCUAAUCUCGAUUGUCGGCAGUCUUUGGUAGUGGCGAAAUGUCAUGGGAAUAAAGUGAAGAAGCAUCAGAAUAAAUCAAGCCUGAUUAAGUCUGUUGCAUAGAAAUAGAUACAAGUACUGAUCAGCAUACGCGUCCUAAUGGUGCAGUUUAUCUUUCUAUUCUUAAAAAAAAAGUUAAAAUGAGGAAAGAUGGGGUGUUUUUUCCACCAGCUUUUCUCUGGUUAAAAUAACUAGCACGCACAGUUAAACGUCAUUUCCAUGACAGCACAGAGGCUCGCAAACACUAUAGAGCCAGAUAAAUAAACAAAUGCUCUGUGUAGGACAACGAUAAACAGGUAAACUCACCAGUUGAGUUGGUUUCAGCAUUGCUAAAUGCUAUUCUAGUUGUGCUGACGCGCUGUAAGUUACCCCAUUCCAUGAUGGCACACGGUCACACGAGAAGUCCGUCCUCUCGUUCUUCUAUCGAUCUCUAUGGUCUGUUGAUGAAACUGUGUCUCAAACGGAACCCAUUCGCCAAAGAAAUGCACUAAUUCAGAGUUCUGAGAAUACAGUCCUACAUUUCACUCCGGAUAUUUUUUAAAUGUGGCUAAUUCUAAUGGGGCUUCUUCUAAAUGAACAUGUACUGCUUUUUGUUUUGUUUUAAGCCAUUCAGGAACAAAAACUCUAUUAUCUUUUUUCUGUGGCUUGUGGUCUUAAAUUUCCAUCCUAGUCUUUUUGGUGCUCUGGAUUGGGAGGUUACAGUGCUACUCCUGUCUAAGGGGGCUGUUUCAGGUGUGUUCUGGGAACAUCUGAGACCAGCAACUGGCUACAACUUAUAUUCAUUCAUUCAGUUUCUAUACCCGCUUUCUCCAAUUAAGGGUCACGAGGGGCUGGAGCCUGGGCAGGACCAGCCUGUAUUGUAUAUAGAUAUUUUUUUUAAACUGACCACCUUAAUUUAACAUGUAAAGAAAAGAGACUGUUGAACCCUACAGUGUUGUUAUAAGCAACUGUGUUUUAUACAUUUGUGGCCACACAUUUCCUAACUGCCGUUUUGAUUAGAGUAAGCCUAACCACUGCUAAUGUAGAAUAGUCUGCAGAUCAUACCACAGACAAGCUGCUGCUUCUUUCUUACACAUGACAAAGCGGUCCUGACUUAUUUAGUAAA